UUUACUUUAAUCCCUUAUUCCAAACAACUUUCUUUCUUUGAAACAAGUCAUCACAUUCCUAGUGGUUUGAAAUGGAUAAUUUAUCAUAUUAUAUGUUGGUCAUUUUAGGAGUUGUGUUACAUAACUUAAUGUUCUGUUUGGCAGAAAAUGUAACUGCUAAUUUUGUGUUUGGAGAUUCAUUAGUUGAUGUAGGUAACAAUAACUAUAUUCCUUCUCUUUCAAAAGCAAAUUUCUACCCAAAUGGUAUUGAUUUUGGGCGUCCAACAGGAAGAUAUACAAAUGGAAGAACUAUAGUUGACAUUAUAGGUCAGGAAAUGGGAUUUAAUUUUACACCUCCAUACUUAGCACCAACAACAUCCGGGCCAAUCGUUCUGCAAGGUGUCAAUUAUGCUUCUGGUGGAGGUGGCAUUCUUAAUGGCACGGGCAAAAUUUUCGGUGGGAGGAUCAACAUGGAUGCUCAAUUAGACAACUUUGCAAACACAAAACAGUACAUAAUCACAAGAUUAGGAGAAGCGGCCGCAAUGAAGCUACUUGAAAAUGCACUCUUCUCAGUAACAAUGGGCUCAAAUGAUUUCCUCAACAAUUAUCUCACCCCUGUUUUAUCCACAGCAAAGCAACUGACAGUACCUCCUAAGAAAUUUGUGGGAGCAGUCAUAUUCAAAUACAAAAUUCAACUAACGAGACUUUAUAACAUGGGAGCGAGGAAGAUAGUAGUGGUAAACGUUGGACCUAUUGGAUGUAUCCCGUACCAAAGGGAAAUAAAUCCAUCAUCUGGAGAUAAGUGUGUUGAUUUCCCAAAUGGACUUGCACAACUGUUUAACAACCAAUUGAGAAGCCUUGUGACUCAACUCAAUUCCAAGCUGGUUGGAUCAAAGUUUGUCUAUGCAGAUGUUUACGAAAUUGUCCAAGAUAUUAUUCAGAACUAUUCAUCUUAUGGAUUUGAGAGUGCAAACUCAGCUUGUUGUUCAGGUGGCGGACGAUUUGGGGGCAUAAUUCCAUGUGGUCCGUCAUCUAAAAUAUGUGAAGAUAGAAGCAAAUAUGUGUUCUGGGAUCCAUACCAUCCGACUGAUGCUGCAAACAUGGUCGUAGCAAAACGCCUGCUCGAUGGGAAAUCUGCUGAAAUUUGGCCUAUGAAUGUCAGGCAGCUCCUUGCAUCUUCCUAAUUUUAUUGAAAUGUCUUCUUCACACGGAAUUAAGCAAGUAUUAUCAGCUUAAUUCAUCAUGCAAGAUAUUGUUUUUACAUAUUACUAAUAAAGUAGUAAUGGUUAUAUUAAUAAGAUAUAGGAAAUGUGUAAUAUGAGAGCAA